GAGAGAGAGCGAGAGCGAGAGGGAGAGAGACUGCAAGGCUGUGUGUGACGCUGUCAGUGUGCGAAACUUCGCAAGUGUCGCUUGGUGAAACUGUCAGCUAGUGUGACUGCGGGUGUCGCUGUGCUGUGGCUGAGUCUGCAUGUGGCUGUGCCUGUGUGGGAUUAUGUGUGUGUGUCAGUGUGCACUUUGGGGGCAGAGACCGGGUCGUGUGUUUGUGUGUGUGUGAGAGGGCCUGUGACCACAUCAGGGAAUGUGUUUUGGGAAGGUCUCUGCAGAGUUUGACACUGUGUCUGCCAGUGUGAGAGUGGAUGGCUGGGUUUGCGUGUGCCAGUGUGUGACUUAAGCAUGGCAGAGGAAGGAUGAGACUUGCACUCGGCGUGUGUCCUGUGUCCUAACUGUUAGACUGUGGAGGAGUGGAGCUGGGUUUGCAUUUUGGGGACCCACUUCAGUAGCCAAUGGGACUGACCUUUCUACUUAGUGGCCAGGAUGAGCAGCAGCCGCUCAGGGCUGAGCAGGGUCCUGGUGGCCGUGGCUACAGCCCUGGUGUGUGCCUCCUGUCCCUGCCCCCAGGCCUGGGGCCCCCCAGGGCUCCAGUGUCCUGGUUUCGGGACGGGGAGACAAGGCUGCUCCAGGGACCUGACUCUGGUCUAGGGCACAAACUGGUCCUGGCCCGGGCAGAAAGCACUGACGAGGGCACCUAUAUCUGCCGGACCCUGGAUGGUGCACUUGGGGGCAUGGUGACCCUGCAGCUGGGCUACCCCCCAGUCCGCCCUGUUGUCUCCUGCCGAGCAGCUGACUAUGAGAACUUCUCCUGCACUUGGAGUCCCAGCCAGGUUAGCGGUUUACCCACCCGCUACCUCACCUCCUACAGGAAGAAGACGGUACCAGGAGCUGAUGGCCAAAGGAUGAGUCCAUCCACAGGGCCCUGGCCAUGCCCACAGGACCCCCCAGGGGCUGCCCACUGUGUAGUCCAUGGGGCAGAGUUCUGGAGCCAGUACCGGAUCAAUGUGACUGAAGUGAACCCCCUGGGGGCCAGCACACGCCUGCUGGAUGUGAGCUUGCAGAGCAUCUUGCGCCCUGACCCACCCCAGGGGCUGCGGGUAGAGUCGGUACCUGGCUAUCCUCGCCGCCUGCGUGCCAGCUGGACGUACCCUGCCUCCUGGCCCCGCCAGCCCCACUUCCUGCUCAAGUUCCGGCUGCAGUACCGUCCAGCACAGCAUCCAGCCUGGUCCAUGGUGGAACCGGCUGGAUUGGAGGAGGUGAUCACGGACGCUGUGGCUGGGCUGCCCCAUGCCGUGCGGGUCAGUGCGCGGGACUUUCUGGACGCAGGCACCUGGAGCGCCUGGAGCCCCGAGGCCUGGGGUACUCCAAGCACCGGGCCCCUACCGAAGGAGAUACCAGCUGGGGGCCAGCAACACGCGCAACCAGAGGAAGAACCUCAGGCGGAUAGUCCUGCUCCCCCAAGACCGUCCCUCCUACCAGACCCGCGGCCACUUGACCACAGAGACGCCCUGGAGCAGGUAGCCAUGCUGGCAUCUUUGGGAAUCUUCUCCUUCCUGGGACUGGUGGCUGGGGCCCUGGCACUGGGGCUCUGGCUGAGGUUGAGACCAGAUGAGAAGGAUGGACCCCAAAAGUCUGUGUUCUUGGCCCCGAUGAUUCCGGUGGACAAGCUUCCAGGAGUCCCAAACCUGUAGAGGAUCUUGGAAGGCUUCAGCUGAUUCCACCUAUAACUCUGUCUUGCUGGUGUGGAUGGACAGACAGGUGGAACCCAGGCAGGACAGUAGAUCCUCAUGGAGGGGGGUUCUCGGCUGGAAGUUCUGUUUGGAGCUCAUUUCUAUGAGACUCUGUGUUCCCAACUUGCCAGCUGAAAGGUGCCUGGACCUCUGGCUUCAUCUGAGAGUUGGCAGUCCACCUGAGGAAUGUGCAUAGAUGUGUAUGUCUGUGUCCAUGUGUAUCCAAGUGUAUGUGAGGCAGGGAACAUGUGUUCUCUGCAUGUAUGUAUAUAGGUACCUGGGGAGUGUGUGUGGGUCCUUGGCUCUCGGCCUUGCCCCUGGCGGGGGUUGUGAAGGUGUGAAUAAAGAGAAUGAGGAGGUU